ACUUCUCAAUUAACUCAGGGCACACAGCCGCAAAAACCCCUUCGACCCUAAAACCCUCACUCCCUUCUUCGUUCCUGCAAUCCCCAAAUCACUCCAUUUUCUGCUCUCAGUGCUAACAAUAUGUCUCCAUCUUAACCCCUAAUCAAAACCCUUUUACACAAAACCCCCAUUUUUUGUUAUUGAUCUUGUUGAGUGAGGUUUCACCACCAUGUCUGCCGCAUCUAGAGGUCUCAUUUCACGGCUUAAAUCGGUGUUAAUCCCACAAAGAACAUCAACCCAGUUCAUCAGACCUUUCAGUUCUGAGAUUCUAACUCCUGAAUAUGAAGUUUUACACCCCAGAAUCAUUGAAGCAAAACCUGGUGUUAUGACCAAACAAUCUAAAAGAACUGGGGCAAUUGCUAUAAAAUGUGGGAUGACUGCGCUUUGGGACAAAUGGGGUGCUCGAGUUCCGAUUUCUAUUCUUUGGUUUGAUGAUAAUAUUGUUUCCCAAGUUAAAACUGUUGAGAAAGAGGGCAUAUUUUCUCUACAGGUUGGUUGCUCGCAUAAGAAGGAGAAACAUUUGACAAAACCUGAGGUGGGACACUUUAGAGCACAAGGGGUUCCUAUGAAGAGGAAGUUGAAGGAGUUUCCGGUGACAGAAGAUGCGCUUCUUCCUGUCGGUACAUCAAUCAAUGUACGACAUUUCGUUCCUGGACAAUACGUGGAUGUGACUGGGAUCACAAAAGGGAAGGGAUUCCAGGGUGUAAUGAAAAGGCAUCAUUUUCCGGGGUUGCCAGCGUCACAUGGUGUGUCAAAAGCCCAUCGGAGUGGUGGUUCUACAGGUCAAAGGGAUGCUCCUGGAAAAGUUUUCAAAGGCAGAAAGAUGGCUGGGCGCAUGGGUGGCAAACAGCGGACAGUGAAAAAUGUUUGGGUUUAUAAAAUAGAUCCAAGAAGGAACUUAAUGUGGGUUAGAGGCCAAGUCCCUGGUGCUGAAGGAAACUUUGUGUUUGUAAAAGACGCAUUUUAUGAAAAACCUGACAUCUCAACACUUCCUUUCCCGACUUACUUUUCACCAGAAGACGAGGAUGAAGAAUCAUUAGAACCGUUAACUGUGGAUCUUGGGGAGUUAGAUCCAUUUAUGGCAGCCGAUUAAUUGGCGUGCUAAUUCAGAACUAUCUGUUAAACUCUGGUCUUUCUACCGCGAAUUGUUUGUUCUUGAAUAUAGAGGGAUAUGGUUAGGUAUGUUUCGAGGUUAGGGCUACGUUUAUAUUGUUUUUGGUGCUUCAGAAAUUAUGGUGUAGCCCUUUAUUGAUUUUGGCAGAGUUUGAGACCAGAAUUUUGACAAGAGUUAAACUAUGUUUUUUUUGUGUAAACUCUCUGUUCAAAUAAAUGGUUGAAGUACUGAAUUUUUGUAACUCAAACUUUUAGAGUUAUAAUGCUUUACAGGUUAAAACUGA